GCGUCGGGAAACGCUCCUUCAACAUGAGAGAAACAACAAACUCCUCUCGUUUGUGGCAGUGACAGACGGGAAACAUGCGAUACCUCUUCAGUAGAGUACAUAAGGGCGGCCGCCCUCCGUUUCGUCUUCCAUCUUUUCUGGUCCAGACACAUUCAGCCGCAACUCCUCUUUUUUGGUUACCCACUGAUCGCCAGUAUCGAGCUCAAUCGUCACCAUCAAUUCUCUCUACAUCAUAUCAAAGUCAGCAUACACGCUUCUUCGGAUCAACACCCGCAAACAUGGCCGCCUCUUCAGAAGUCCUCUCCCAGACCCUCUCCUCCAUCACCUCCAUCAAGCUGGACCAGCUCCAAAAGCAAAAGGAUGCAUACGAGUCGGCCAAAGACGCUCUGCUCUCCGCUGCCGACAAGGAGGCCGACGUCCGCAAGCGUGCAGAGACCCUUCUCGAUGGUCGCGAGAAGCUGCCAUCCAUCAGAAGAGCUGACAACCCGAUGCUGUCGGCCGACAACAUGAAGCGGUUCGUCGAACAGGCGGCUUUCGAUCCGUCCGUGUCGAAGGAUCUUCUGCGCGAGUAUGAGGAGACGGUGAAGAAGGAGUUGGACAUGACGAGCAACAAGUACAGAUUUGCCAGCAUGUACGGCCGGAUGGUCAGGGAGUGGACCGCUGCGUCUGGGCAGGAUAAGAAGAUGUCGGUCACUGAAGGGGGUGACAAGGCUGAUAAGGACGACUUUGUCCCCGUUGGGAGGAAGGAGAUGCAUGAACAGAGGAAGACGUGGGAAGAAUUUGUUUUUACCCCCAAGGAGACCGACAAAGACGCCAUCAAGCGGUAUCUGGAGGACGUCUUUGCCGGGUCGUCGAAGGACUGCAAGCGCGCUUUGGCGGAGCUGAGAAAGAGUUUUGAGAAACUUCAGGACAACAAGAAUGCGAACUGGUCACACCCCUUCACCGUGUUACAGGUCAAGGUAUGCAUCCAGAGCAUCCUGCGAAGCAACAACAUUACGGGUGAGAAGCGCAGCACCCUUCGCGACUUCCUGAACAACUCGGUCGUCCUGCAGGAGAUCGCAGAUGUGCUGAACAUGCGUAUGGAUGCGCGCGCGUCUUGGACCUGGGAGGCGCCUGUGGUGGUCGAGCAGCGUCGGGCUCUGAAUGGGAAGUACAGAUUCUUCCUAGACGAGGACCUGCUGCAUUCGCUGCUCCUCGAGUACAUUUUUCGCCGAUGGGCAGUAUUGAUUCGACAACACUUCGGGAGAUUCACCGCAACCACAGGCGUGUGGAAGCCUGACACGAAACCCAUGUCAAAGCAGGAUGCGAGACGUCGACAGUUUUUUCUGGAUGAAAAGAAACCCCUCUCCGAUAGCGUCGCCUAUGAGCGCGAGGAUUAUUUCCAUGGCAAGAUUCUGCUGGAUCAUCUCCCCGAAUGGAUGUCGGAGGUCCGCGGCGGGUAUGAUUCAUCAGAAGCGGACAGCAAAGAGGACACAAGAGACUCGCCUCUGAGAGUGGUACAGGGUCUCAUGCACCGGCUUGAAGCUGACAUUCUCGUCCAGACGCACAUGGGUAACGAACUAACCGUGCUUCGGUCUGAUUUUCAAUGGUUUGGUCCUGGACUGCCGCACUCGAGCAUCUUCGCCGUGAUGGAGUUCUUUGGCUUCAACGAAGAAUGGCUUGACUUCUUCAAGCGUGUGCUAGAGGCCCCUCUUCGGUUCAAAGGCGACCCCAACCCCGACACUCCCUUUGGCAUCCGCAAGCGUGGCACCCCGAUAAGCAGCACAAUUUCCGAUGUCGUGGGCGAGUCCCUGCUGUUUUGCCUGGACUUUGCGGUCAACCAGAAGGCCGACGGAACGCCUCUCUACCGGCUUCACGACGACAUGUGGCUUUGGGGUACCACAGAGAAGUGCUCCAAGGCAUGGAAGGUGGUGACGGAGUUCAGCGAGGUCAUGGGACUGAGCCUCAAUGAGGAGAAGACAGGAUCAGCGAUUAUUCAUCCCAAGAACAAGAAGGUGGGCUUGGAGUCAACCAAGGAGGAGGAGACUGCCAAAACCAGCCACAAUCUUCCGACCGGCCCUGUUACCUGGGGUUUACUUAAGCUUAACGCCUCAACGGGUCACUUCGAGAUCGACGAGUCGAAGGUCGACGAGCAUAUCGACGAACUCCGCCGCCAGCUGGGUGCUUGCCAAUCGGUAUUUGACUGGGUGCAAGCCUGGAAUAUCUACGGCGACCGCUUUUUUACCAACUUUUUUGGCCGCCCCGCCGCCUGCAGUGGCCGUGCCCAUGUUGACAGCAUGCUUGCCAUGUUUGCGCGGAUCCAGCAGAAGCUCUUCCCUGACCACGCCGGCGGGGUGGGCGCCUACGUCAAGGAUAUGAUCGCCUCACGCUUCGGCAUCUCAUCCAUCCCGGAUGGAUACCUAUUUUUCCCCACUUCAAUGGGCGGUCUCGGUCUGCGCAAUCCGUUUGUCUCGCUCUUCCUGAUUCGCGAUGACCUGGAAAAGACGCCCGAGGAGAUGCUGGCCGACUACGAAGAGGAGGAAGAGCGUGCGUACCGGAGAGCGAAGGAGAGGUUUGAGACCUACGAGAUGGAGCGCGCUGUGAACAAGACGGCUGGUGGCUCGACCAGAGGAGAAGACUCAUUUAAGGACCUUGAGGGAGAGCCUUUCAUGAGUUAUGAGGAGUUCACACGGUACAGGGAGCUGACGUCGCCGCAGCUUAAGGCGCUUUACCAAAACCUAUUGAUGGAGCCGACGACGAGAGACGUGGAGCUCAAGGGCGAUAUCAAGGCGGCGCUGGAGGACGAGGAUGAUUGGAGGGACAUGAGCAGCUACGACAAGUGGGUGGUGCAGCUGUUCCAUCGGGAGGUGGUGGACAUGUUUGGUGGACUGACGGUCGUUGAUAAGGCGGCGCUGCCCAUUGGGUUGAUAACCAUGCUGAGACAAAGCCGGUUCCAUUGGCAGGGCUAAGUGGGUGGUGGCCUAGGUUACUAGUAGUGGGAGACGGGCGACGAGGAAGGAUUGUGGUGGAUAAUGUAUGAUUAUGACUGUAUAAACCAGGAGAAUGAGGAUGACGAGGAACGAGUAGGGGAUUAUAGUCAUGUAUGCUCGCCGCUCUGAACAUCAUUAGGAUACGCUUAGCAAUUUUGAAAACAGGGAAACAUUGCCUUG